CUUCGUUCGUUCAACACAUGUCGGUCGGUAUGAAUGCGUCGCUACCUCAACACAGAGAGAGAGAGGGGGUCAUGCUGCAGUCCAUCCAUCCAUCCAUCCAUAUGUCUGUCUGUCUGUCUGUCCGCAGGCACGUUCGUGCGCAGGAGACACACGCACACACACGCACACACACGCACACACACACAUCCAUCAUCAAUCCAUCGGUGCACAUGAUGCCCACCCACGGCAAUCCAAUCUAUCUAACCACCACACACGCAUAGCAUAGCAUAGCAUAGCAUAGCACACACACACAUCGACUCGACCGACCGACCGACUGAUCUACAGCACUCAAGCGAGUAAAGCACUGGCCCGCCCGUUUCGGGAAAGGAACACUGUCAGUCGGUAUAUAAAUAAAGAGAGAGGUCCAGGCAGACAGGAUGGGAUGUUUGUGAGGGUUGCUGAGUCAAAAAUCGUCUAACCCGCCCGCCCAUGGACACCCCCACGACAGACAUGACACACACGAGUCAGUCAAUGCAAUCAACGAGUGACGCGACCACGCAACGUCGUGAAAAAUGCCCACAGCCACCAAGGCCUUCCCUUCCCCACCCACUUCAGGAUGAGAGCAUGUCGGUGUGACGUCUGUCGACGCACAGCCGAUUCAUUCAUCCGACAAGCCAACAGACAGACAGACAGACAGACAGACACACAGACAGAGGUCAAAACACACAGGCACCGCACAGGCAGUCAGACUGCCUGUGCAUCGCAGCCAUGUCGUCCAUUCAGAGUCAUGUGGAGGCAGACAGACAGACCUCCAUUCCAUGGCAAGGCCAUGCACUCUCUCUCUCUUCUCUCCUGUACAGGCAGGCACUCGUGCACCCUCACGGACGGAGCUUGAAACAAAAAGGAAGCAAGGCUCGCUGGCUGCAGGUCUGUCUGUCUGCAGCCACGCCUGGCGUGUGGCCAGCGACCAGCAGAGCCCAACACACACACACACACACACACUCACACACACUCACACACACACACACACAGAGGAGAGAGGAGAGGAGAGGAGAGGGACAGCGACAGACCGACAGACACACACAGACACAGCACAAACAGACAGACAGUGCCAAAGGUGAGUGAAGGGAAGCGAUGAGAGAGUGCCAAACACGCCAGGAAUGAAAUCACUCAAUCGUCCCGUCCCGUCCCGUCCCGUCUUGUCUCGUCUCGUCUCGUCAUCUCAUCUCAUCUCAUCUCAUGGUUGCUGUGUCUGCACCACACACACACGCAGAGAGAGAGGCGUCUGUCGUGUGGUCAUGUAGCCGACUCCAUGUCUGUGUGUGUGAGCGUAUGGGUGUUGUUGACCUGCAGGUGCGAUUUGAGGUCGUCCAGUGAGGUGAACUGAUGCUUCUCGCCAGCCGCGGGGCGGUACCUGACACCCCAGACAAACACACACACACACACACUCUGUCUGUCUGUCUGUCUGUGGUGCUCUCUCACAGCAUGAAAGUGUUGUCCGAUGCGUCAUCCUCCAGUACGAAGAAGAGCGUGUGUGUGUGCUGCUUCGACAGCUGCGAGUAGGCGUCCAGCAGGCCGUUCUGGCGGCUCUCAGCCGACGGCUUCAGCACCACCGCCUCCUAAACACAGCACAUCCACACACGGUGAGGUACGUGCUGAGCUGAGCUGUGCUGUGGUAUGCUGUGGUGACUGACUGACCUUGUUGAGCUUCUGGACGAUUUCCUCGGUGAAUGACUCGUUGGCGGCCAUGCAGUAGUGGUAUGAGGCCUGGAGGAGCCUGACGACCUCCGAGUAGGCGUACCACUCGGGCACGUUCUCGCCCGCGUUGAUGCGCCGACGGAACUCGGUGCCUGAGAUGUUCAUCGUCUUCAACCUGCAAACACGCAGACACACGACACACAGAGGGAGAGGGAGGGGGAGAGGAAAAUGGUGCAGGUGUGCUGUGCGGUGUGGUGUGGUUGGGGGAGGGUGGGAGGGGGGGAUGGGGGGAAUCAGACGCACCCCUGUUCCUUUGCGGCCUCCUUUGUAACGUAUCUGUCUUCGUCUGGGUAGUAGACCAUCGCCUUGAAGGGGAUCGUCUUGAUGCCUGAUCCAUCCAUCCAUCCACCAACCACACACACACACACACACACGUCGUGUCACACGCCUCCCUCCUGCUCAGUCCCCGAGAGUGAGUGAAUCUGCCGCCGCCGCACCGAUUUCGUCUUCAUAUUUGGCGGCGAGCUCCUGCGCGUCGUAGGGGCCGUAGAAGUCAUUACCGGCCUUGUCCUUGCAGCCAGCGUGGUCCCUGCCGACGAUCAUCUGGGUGAACCCGUAGUUCUUGCGGGCGAUCAUGUGCUGGAUCGUCUCACGCGGACCACCUGCAGGGCAGGCAGGGCGGGCAACACAUCACACCACAUCCAGCCACACCACACCACACCAGAUGUGCACGAUGCAUGGAUGGAUGUGUGUGGGUGUGAGUACCGACCGAGUCUCAUGUGGUAGGGGAAGUACUCGAUGAAGAUCUUCUGCUUGGACAGCACCGGCUGCAGGGCCUCGUAUGUCGGCACUGCACACACAAGUCGGUAUGACAGACAGAUGGGUGGACGUCUGUGUGGGUGUCUGUUUGUCUUUGUUUGUGCGUGUGAUUAUCUCCACAUACCCCUGAUAGCGGCCUCAAAAUCGUCAUCCUUCGACGGCCCAAUCGCUGCCACACAUAACACACACACACACAGAGAGAGGCAUGUCCACAUCCGGUCAGGCAGAUCGAAGCAUGUGUCACCCUCCCUCCCUCCCCCCCUCCCUCUCUCCCUCGCUCCAGGGUUGCAUGCUUACUAGGGUGGACGACGACCGGUAUCUCACCGUCCCCGGCCACCUCGGUGAACAUGGCCACGUGAGCACGGUGCAGCGGAUUGCGGCACUGAAACACCACUACCUCCUUCUCACCAUCAAACUUGGCUCGCAAUCCUAUGCACAACACACACCAGCAGUGAGUGCAAUCCAAGGCACAGCACACACAUUGUCCUCCCUCCCUGUCCUUGUAUCUCUCUGUGGUGGUGAUGUGAUGUGAUGUGAUGUGAUUUGAUGUGUUUGGUGCGGCUGUGUGUUACGUACGUUUGGGUGUGAAGACUUUCUCGGGCGGCAGGAAGGCCCGCUGCGGCAGCUGGAUGCCCCUGACGUUGCCGCCGACGUAGGUAUGGCCCAUGGCGCUGUAGAGGUAGCUCACGAAGGGGUGCUCGUCACUGUCAGUGCCAUACACUGAUUCAGACACACACACACAGACAGACAGACAGACAGACACGAUUGGUGCGGUGUGGUGGUGUGGUGGAUCGCUCAUUGACCUUCUUUGGCCUCCUUCUGUUUGUCGGGUUUGUAGACGGACGUGACGUCGAGGAUGGCCAGGGGGCCGCCGUGAGCUGACGAGUGCAGCAGCACCUCGUCGCCAACCUGAACGAACGGUUGAUAGAGAAAGAAGUCACACAGAACACAGACGACACAACGAGGAAGGGGAUGGAUGGAGUGAUCAUGCGUGUCACUCGGCGGAUGGUCCUUGCUUGCCUUGAUGCUGUCAUCGCUGACGUCAAGGACCACAGGCAGCCCCCACACAGCACCUACACACAACAAAACCCAAUAGAGCUCUCUCUCUCUCUCUCUGUGUGUGUGUGUGUGUGUGCCAAGGUGUUCGCACCUUCGGGCAGUCUCAUUUCCUCCAGACAGUGUGUGUACUCGUCGAGGGUCAUGAAGCCCGUCAGCGGGGUAUGCGCCCCGUUCAUGAGCAUCUCGAGGUCGCACACCUGCCGCUCCGUCAGCUCGGUCGUCCGCGACACGCGCGACACGUCCGGCACCGACUGGCCGUCCUUGGGCAGCAAAUCAACCUGAUACACACACAUUGAUGAAUCGUAUGAGGUUGGGAGCGUUUCUGUCGUACGAGGGCCUGGCCGCCGUGUGGCGCUUUCUUGGAGUUGGAGACCCGAGUGUGGAUGCCGCACUCGGUGGCGACACGCUUGACGAACCGACCGUCGCGCUCUGACCACACACGCACAGAGGGAUAGAUGGGCUGCACAGAGGGACCCCCCCUCCGCACACACACACACCCACCUGAGUUGUUGAUGGGGACGGGCACCGACGUGUGGAAAUCGCCGAAGGACUUCCACACAUACCUGCACCCACCGUUAGGCCAUGGCAGCACAGCACAUGGGGCACACACAGUGUGGUGUAGUGUCAAUCAAUGUGUGUGCCGAGCCUAGCUCCUAGCUGGACUGGGGUGGCUUAUUCACUCACCCACUUACCACUUGCUGCCGGUGUUGCCGAGCAUCUUGUGCAGCGCGUCCUUGGAGUAGUAGAAGUACGGCCGGUCCAGAGUCAUCUCAAGAAAACCCUACACGCACACACACACACACACACAGAGAGAGAGAGAGAGAGAAAGAAACCGGUCUCCCUGACACACAUCUAUCGCGUGUAUCUGAAGCACCCACCCCAGCCGCCCACCCCGCCCACCCCGCCCACACACGCUGCGCACCUUGUAGGUGUCCCGUUCCUUGGCGGCCACCUCCCUGUCAGCGAGGUACAGCCGCUUGUGCAAAGGGUUGACGGGGAUGUCGAACACCCGCGCGUACUCGACUACAUCCUACAACGAAUGGGACACAACACCUCUCUCUCUCUGUCUGUCUGUCUGUCUGUCCCCCUCUCCCUCUGUGUGCGGGCCUGGCUGCAUAGGCACGUGUGCGUGUCGUACCUACCUCCCAGGACCACUCUACGAGGGGGUUGAAUGUGUUCUUUUCGGCCUCCCAGAUGGGCACGGCCGUCCGCGCGUUGCCCUGGUCGUUCCGCCGGCCCGUGAUGACCACCGCGCCAUCCAGACUCAUCAGCGCCUUCUGCAGGGGCUCCACCUUGCUCUUGAGGUCAAAAUCGUCGUCCUUCAUCGUCAAAAACGAACCUGACUCGCACACACAACACACAAGACAAGCACCGACACACAUCUCAUCUCCACCUUGGAACUAGACGGAUGGAUGGAUGGAUGGAUAGCCACACACACGCACAACCACAGGCACAGGCACAGGCCGUCAGGUCAGUACCUACCGUAUUUCUGCUGGAAGUCCUCCCUGGUCUCGCAGUCGAUGGGCUUGUACCACUUGAUCUCAAUAGGAUACCUUCACACAACACCACAUCACACAAACAGGGGGGAUGCACCUCUUUCCUUUGCCACCCUGCCCGCCUGCCUGCCUCCCUGCCCCUCCCUCUGCUUGGUUCGCCACUCACCCACCUGUUCUGCAUCUCAGCGGCCACUUGUCUCGUCUCGUCAAAAAUGUGGAGGGUGUCCACGGCAAUCAGAGAGAACGGGCCGUCCACAUACCUGCACACACCCACACACACACGCAGCAGAUACCCAUGCAUGCAAUGAGCAGAUGCAUGCAUCACCCACCGCCCGCCGACCUGUGGAAGAGGUCCGCAAUGACGUUGUCAGUAAUGAGCCACGCCGUGAUGAGCACCCCCGGCUGCCCCUUGAGCGCCUCCGCCACAUCCUCCUGGAACUUGCGCACCUUGUCAGCCAAAAAGUGGCCCUCCGGCAGCUGCGCCGGUGGCGAUUGGGCCGCCCCGCCCAACCCCUCACCGUACUCCUUGCCCCACUCGGUGCGCGUCGGCGGCAGACUGGUGCUGCUGGUGCUGAACCAUCUCGCGCGUGACGAUGGGAUCCCUGUGGGCAGCAUGGCGCUCCGUCUGCUGCUGCUCCUGGUGGUGGUGCUGGUGUUGCCGGCAUAGUGAGAUCUGGCAGGGCUGCAGGGGAUGACGCAGGGUUGGCCUGCGUGGGAGUGGAAGGCGCGCGCGCCGCUGGCCGCCAAAGAGGCGCGUCGUGUGAGGGGCAACAUGCCGACUGAAUGACUCACUCGCUCAGUCAGUCAGUCACUCAGUCACUGUGGUUGACUGACUGGAGUGGUUGGCUGCUGGGGAGGAAGGUGAGAUGAGGUGAGAUCCGAUGAGGCCAACCUCCUCCCUUCUCCGAAAUGAAAUGGUCCUCUCCACGCGAUCCGCCCAGCGAUUUUCUCGCAC